CAGUGUGUGCCCAGUGGGUUCCCUCGUCUCCCUACCACCCCCUCCCUCUGUUGGUUUCUCACACUUUGCAUUCAAGCGCGAAAUGCUUUGUCUGUUGUCUGGAGAUUUUCGUUUGGAGACAUCAUCGUAUCCAAAACAAGGCAGGAUAUACCCUGUGAAGCUAUAAUCCAUAUAGUCUGCCCGAUCAUUCAUGGACUUCAGAGAGGUAGGCGAUUGAAUUGACAUGGAAACGUUGGUCUUGACCGAGGAAAGUCAUGCCUAAACUUAAAAAACCUUGCAUUUAUUCCAUAAAGUGUAAUAUAUGCUAGUAGCCUGACUUAAAUAAGAUUUUAAACAUCAAAGUUGAAAAUGAGCUCUUAUUUCGUUAAUGCUCUAUUCUCAAAAAACAGCAACAGCGAGUCCUGGAAUUCCGAUUACGGUGGCACCAUCCAGCAGCCACAUCCCACGCAGUUAACGGUAUUAUACAAUGGCACAUCGUUGUUCAAAACCGCUCACCAACACCAACUAAAUCCGUGCGUAUUAUCGCUGCCAAUGGGCAACUUGUAUCAUACCCACGAUGUGAUACAGAGACCAACCUUUUACGCAUCCCAUAAUAGGAAUUGUAUCCAGUACAGUGAUUAUCAUUUGAAAUCCACCGAGGUUGCAAAUGAUUCCGUGUGCGCAGAACAGUGCUCCUCUCUACCGGACCUCUUUCCCUGGAUGAAACCACAAGUUACCGGACCGAGAAGAGGUAGACAGGCAUACAGUCGCUUCCAGACUCUGGAACUUGAGAAGGAGUUCUUAUUCAACUCUUACUUGACCCGCAAGCGCAAGGUUGAAGUGUCGCACGCUCUGGCACUCACCGAGCUGCAGAUUAAAAUCUGGUUUCAGAACAGACGCAUGAAAUGGAAGAAGGAGAACAAGAAGGACACAUUUCCAAUAAACAGGCCGGAUCAGAAUGAAAUCAAGAAACAGAGCAAAGAAACUUACAAGAAUAUUCAGACGUCAGAUGAGGAGGGUAAAGGUUAAGACUAUCCUAGACUUGGUGAUGGGAUGCCACACAGUGAUAACAAAUGUGUUAAUUAUAAAUUGUAUUUCGAAUAAAAAAAAUCAACAACAGUGAAAUCUAUUGUCUUAGUUGAUAAUUCAUUAUAAAAUUAAAUUCUAUAAAACUUGAGAAGACGUGCGCAAAAUAGUUUUUACGCACCAUUGUACGCAUCAUUCCAAUUAGAGGUUUGUGCAUGUGAAUCACUUCUGCAGAAUAGUCUGAACAGGUGUUUAUGUUGUUAGAAUGUAUAAGUAUGUAAUUUAGUGCAGUAAGGUAGCACAGCUGCCACACUUUCUGCCACUAAUAAUAAUGAUUCAUCAUUAGAUGGCAUUCCGAGUGGCGCAGCAGUCUAAGGCACGGCAUCUCAGUGCUAGAGGCGUCACUACAGAACCUUUGGUUCGAUUCCAGGCUGUAUCACAACCGGCCGUCAUUGGUAGUCCCAUAGGGCAGCGCACAA